GGACUUGGAAAAACUAUUAUCCCAAAGGGAAAUGUACUGGAUCUUUAAGUUUAAAACCUUUUCCCCUCAGGGACUUAAUGAAUCACUUAAUUUUAGCUGUUUCCUUUAAACCUUCAAGUACUCUUUAAAAACCUUUGAAUGAACCUCCAGAAUUACUCGCAGUUGAAAUCACCACAAGCAGAGUCACUCAGUGAAAGCAUUUAGCACUAUAUAGAAAUUCAUUGUUGCUGAGUUUAACAACUCCUGAAGAAGGGGUUUUUCCCUGAAACAGGGUCAAAAAUACCCGGGACCCCUGUAGACUUGGGACUUUAUUUGGACUUUACUUUUGAAGACUUUUUUGAGAGCGGUGCUCCAUCAUUAUUUUCUUCAAUCCAGUAUACAGCAACACGACCAACCAUCUGUUUGGAAGAUAUUUUCAUUGACUGUAUCCCUGAAGCCUAUAUGUAUUGGAACCAAUACCAGACUUGAACAACUUUUGUGUUAGAGCUGUUGCUCCUUUUCAUUUUGUCGGGUACGGCCAAAUUGAGCUUUGUACGGGGAACUGUAACAAUAUAUGUCAUUUGGACACAUUUUCUUUGUACAUAGACAAUCGUUUGUGUGUAUAGAUACUUUACAAGUAUUCUGGGACUUUGUAUAGUAAUUUAGCCAUAUCACUAUGGAUGACUGGCUCGGUACAUUUAGCUUUGAUAAAGAAGAUAUUAUGUCUCUUACUAAAAACAGGUCAGUCAUUGACCAUGUACCAGCAGCUGAGUCCUCCCAGACCAGCAAUUUACUUUAUGACUUAGAAAAAUUGAAAAAAAGAAAUAUUCGUUUGGAUCUUCAUGCAUCCACAUUAGCUGAUUAUAUAAAACACAAUAUGAUCCCCAGAGGAUUAAGGAUAUAUAAACCACCUGGCAUGUUCAAAGAAGAUAAGGAUUUUUUACAACAAUGGGUUAAAAUUUUAAACAAAUGUUCCUUGGAUCUGAUGGCAUUAUUGAUUAUGAAAUCCAAUGCCACCAUUAAGGAUGGAGAAAAUAAAAUUACCAAUCUUAUGGAAAACAUUACGAAAGAUACAACCUCUGCUACCAUGUUGGAGACUCUUGACAAAAAAUGUAGUGACCUAUACAAUCAGGUGAAGGAAUUUAAAAUUAAAAAGUUUGAAAGAGAUCGUCAUGAUUACCAGUCCAAUCGAGUCUACCCAUGGUUAUUGGACAAAGAUCAAGUUUCCUCUAAGAGAAAAGUCAGAUUCCAUCCUCAAUUUACAGACUCCUCUACCGAGGAAGACCCAGGAAGGACAACUGAAAGCUCUGAAGUCUCUGACUCACCACCUUUAAGAAGAUCCUCUAGACAUAAGAAUAGGACUCUACCAUCAUCCUCAUCCUCCACUUUUUUUCCAAGGGGCCGAAAUCGGAGACACCGAACCUGAUUGUUAAUCUAUCCGACUAUAAGUUAUCUGAUGUAGAAAGGUCAGUAGUAAACAAAGGUCUAUCAUUUGUUCCCACCCCUAAAUUUAAUGCAUUUCGAGCACGAAUAGAUUUAUUCAAGCUAUUUAGAACCAUCCGCUUAAGAGACAUGUUUAAAGACAGCAUAUCCAACACAACCACAGAUCCUUUCAAACCCAAAAGUACCUUCUGCCCUUCCACAGAUAACAUUUACAUUAAAUGCUUUGAAAAAGCUGUAGAGAGGGACUUUAACAAGCUAACUACUCGUAGACAACCAUACCACUCAAAUUUAUCAGAAUUAGAAAGAACCACUCUGGUCAAAUUGAGCAACCUCAAAGAGGUAGUCUGGAAACCAGCAGAUAAAGGGGGAGCUAUAGUAUUACUUAACAAAAGAGAUUAUAUUAAGGAAGUCAACCUCCAGUUAUCAAAUAGUAAAUUCUACCAACCUAUUGCAACAGACCCCACUAAACACAUUCAGUCCCUUAUUAGGGUGGUGUGUCAAGAGGGAUUAUCCAUGGGAUUUAUUUCUUCUUCUACAUUUAAAUACUUACAAAAUGACUUCCCCAGGAUACCUAUCUUUUAUAUUCUUCCUAAGAUUCAUAAAGGCAUCACUCCACCCCCAGGCCGACCUAUUAUUUCUGGUUCAUCUUCUGUAUUGGAACCAGUUGCUAAAUAUCUAGACUCCUUUUGCCAACCAUUUGUCCCUCUCUGUGAUUCCUACAUUAAAGACACAAAGCACUUCAUUAAUAUCGUAGAAAAUCUCAAAAUUGAGGAGGACAGCAUUUUAGUUACGAUUGAUGUCACCUCACUCUAUACUAACAUUCCACUAGAUGAGGCUCGUACCAUCAUAGAGAAUAUCCUUCGUAGGAGAACAAAAUUGCAACCACCUACACAUUUCUUGAUGGACCUGUUAGAUAUAGUACUGGAGAAAAAUUAUUUCCGUUUUCAAAACCAAUUUUACUUUCAGACCUUCGGUGUCGCUAUGGGAAGUCCGUUAGCCCCAUCGAUUGCCAAUCUAUUCAUGGCACAUUUAGAAAACACUAUAUUGCUUAAUCCAUCUUUAAAUAUGUACUAUGCUAAUAUAAUAUACUAUGGCCGAUUUAUUGAUGAUAUAUUCAUAGUAUUUAAAACAACUGAGGCCGCAGUAGGAUUCUCUAAUUGGAUUAACACUAUACAUACGUCUAUUAAGUUUACCAGUCAUCUCAACCUGUCACAUAUCAAUUUUUUAGAUGUUACUGUGUAUAAAUAUCAUAACAAACUGUUGGUCAAGAACUUCAGAAAACCAUCAGAUAAAAAUUCUUUUCUUCAUUAUAACAGCUUCCACCACUUUGGUUUAAAGACCAAUCUUCCAUUUUCACAACUACUUAGACUAAAGCGUAACUCAAGCUCUAAUGAACACUUCAUUCAUGAAAGCCUGACCUUAAGCCAGGAGUUUAGAAGUAGAGGCUAUCCUAAACAUGUCAUCAAAAAGGCAUUAAUUAAAGCUGAAAAAACUGAUAGAACCACCCUACUGAAAGAAUCUGCUAAACCAACUAAAAAUCAAAUUAUCUGGACACAAGAAUUAUCGCAUUACUCCAAACACAUAAUCCAAAUUAUAAAAAAGCACUGGCAUCUUCUUCAAGAUAUUUCAGGUUGUGAUAAAUUACCUAUUUUUGGAAACAGGCGUACUAAAAAUAUUAGAGAAUAUUUAAUCCAUACAGAUUUAAUCACUCCCAUUAGUACACCGAAGAGCACCCUGAGAGGCCAUUAUCCUUGUGGUCACUGUAAGUGUUGUCCUCAAUCUUGGAAGACUAAGGAGAUAUAUAAUCAUAGGAACAAAGUGGGCACCACACUAAAACAUUUUUCUACUUGUAAUAGCAACAAUGUAAUCUACCUCUUGACAUGUGACUGUGAUCUCUGGUAUAUCGGAAAAACAACCAGAUCCUUGAGAAUCAGAAUCUCUGAACAUAAAUCCAGAAUCAAAAAUUUAUCUACAGAAUCUCUUUUAUAUUCACACUUCACCCAAUACAAACAUUCAUCUACCUCAUUUAAAUUUUGUGCUCUGGAAUGCAUCUCUCAAAAACCUUUCAUGGACUUGGAAAAACUAUUAUCCCAAAGGGAAAUGUACUGGAUCUUUAAGUUUAAAACCUUUUCCCCUCAGGGACUUAAUGAAUCACUUAAUUUUAGCUGUUUCCUUUAAACCUUCAAGUACUCUUUAAAAACCUUUGAAUGAACCUCCAGAAUUACUCGCAGUUGAAAUCACCACAAGCAGAGUCACUCAGUGAAAGCAUUUAGCACUAUAUAGAAAUUCAUUGUUGCUGAGUUUAACAACUCCUGAAGAAGGGGUUUUUCCCUGAAACAGGGUCAAAAAUACCCGGGACCCCUGUAGACUUGGGACUUUAUUUGGACUUUACUUUUGAAGACUUUUUUGAGAGCGGUGCUCCAUCAUUAUUUUCUUCAAUCCAGUAUACAGCAACACGACCAACCAUCUGUUUGGAAGAUAUUUUCAUUGACUGUAUCCCUGAAGCCUAUAUGUAUUGGAACCAAUACCAGACUUGAACAACUUUUGUGUUAGAGCUGUUGCUCCUUUUCAUUUUGUCGGGUACGGCCAAAUUGAGCUUUGUACGGGGAACUGUAACAAUAUAUGUCAUUUGGACACA